CGCCCCCGCGUCAGCGCGCACUCCCGACGUGCCCUGGAACUUACCCUCCCUCCGAGGCAGAGCCCGGGGACGCCGCUGGGCUCCGGGCGCCGCCGCCGCCGUGUUUACUCUCCAGCCGUCCGGCUCUCGCUGCCGUCGCCUUCCUGAGCCCAGACCUUCAGAAGUCAUAAUGUGUGUCUUUUUUCUGGAGAGGUGAAUGAUACUGAAGAAAAAUGGCUGACAGAGGCGGGAGGACCAUUCCAGGACAAGUAUAUAUUGAAGUGGAGUAUGAUUAUGAAUAUGAAGCAAAAGACAAAAAGAUUGUGAUAAAACAAGGAGAGCGGUAUAUCUUGGUGAAAAAGACAAAUGAUGACUGGUGGCAAGUCAAACCAGAUGAGAAUUCCAAGCCUUUUUAUGUUCCAGCACAGUAUGUUAAAGAAGUAGGUCGCAAAGCACUAAUGCCACCUAUUAAACCUGCAGUCGGACUACUAAAUAAUUCCACAAAAAUGAUUCAGAGAUCUACAGAAAAUGUGAAUAAAUCACCUGAGCUUUCAAGUUUUGGGAAGUCAUCAUCUAUUCAAGUAACAGGUCUGGUUCGUGAUGCUAAUCAGAACUUUGGACCAAAUAAUAGCCCAGGUCAGACUGUCAGUCUAAGUCUAGACUUUGCCCCCAACAAUGGGAAAUUUAACAGUGACUCACAGUCUCCUAAGGUUUCCGGUCAGAGUAGGACACACUUAUUUGGUCACUUUUCAGGUCCAGAGUUCAUCGACAUAGAGAAAACCAGCUUUUCUCAUGAACAGUCCUGUGAUUCAGCAGGCGAAGGUUCAGAAAGAAUCCAUCAAGAUUCAGAAUCUGGUGAUGAACUGAGCAGUAGUUCUACUGAGCAGAUACGGCCGACCACGCCACCAAAUCAAGGAAGACCAGAUUCUCCUGUCUAUGCUAAUUUACAAGAAUUGAAAAUAUCUCAGUCUGCACUUCCCCCUCUUCCUGGCAGUUCUGCUAUUCAGAUUAAUGGGGAAUGGGAAACUCAUAAAGACAGUACAGGACGCUGUUAUUACUACAACCGAGGAACUCAGGAAAGAACCUGGAAGCCACCUCGAUCAACUCGAGAUGCCAACGUAAACAAAGGAGACUGCCAGAACUCAGGAGACCAAGAGCUUCUUUCAUUGGAAGAUAAUUACCACAGUUCUUAUUACGGCCAGUCAGAUAGUCAGUGUGGUUCUCCUCCAAGGGGCUGGUCAGAAGAAUUGGAUGAACGUGGGCACACCUUAUAUACCAGUGACUAUACUAAUGAAAAGUGGUUGAAGCAUGUUGACGAUCAAGGCAGACAAUAUUACUACAGUGCAGAUGGAUCUCGAUCAGAAUGGGAAUUACCAAAGUAUAAUGCUUCACAGCAGCAAAGAGAAAUAAUUAAAAGUAGGAGCCUGGACAGGAGGCUACAGGAACCAAUAGUAUUAACAAAGUGGAGGCACAGCACUAUUGUAUUAGACACCAAUGACAAGGAAUCUCCACCUUCCACAAAGCCCUGCUUUCCAGAAAAUGAGUCUUCUCCCUCUUCACCAAAGCACCAAGCCACAGGCCAAGAAAAAUAUGGAUUGUUAAAUGUAACAAAAAUGACUGAAAAUGGGAAAAAAGUUAGAAAGAACUGGUUAUCUUCCUGGGCAGUAUUACAAGGUUCAUCUUUACUAUUUACCAAAACCCAAGGAAGUAGCACAAGUUGGUUCGGGGGUAAUCAGUCUAAGCCGGAGUUCACUGUGGACCUCAAAGGAUGCAACUUGAGUUGGGCUUCAAAGGAUAAGUCCAGCAAAAAGAAUGUAUAUGAGCUAAAAACACGUCAAGGAACUGAAUUGUUAAUUCAGUGUGACAACGACACCCUUAUGAAUGACUGGAUUAAAGUUCUUAAUUCUACCAUCAGUAAUCAGGCCGUUGAAUAUGAUGAAGCCGUUGAAGAGGAGGUGCCGAAUCCCCAGGAGUGGGAAAAACAUGACAAAGAAAAGGACCAUAAAGACUCCAAAAAACUCCACAGUGUAAAGAUUUUGAGCAUAGAUUCUUCAGAGCAGAAAAAAACGAAAAAAAAUUUGAAGAAGUUUCUUACUAGACGACCUACUUUGCAAGGACGUGAAAAAGGUUAUAAUAAAGAUCAGGUUUUUGGUUCCAAUCUUGCAAAUCUGUGUCAGAAAGAGAACAGCACAGUGCCAAAGUUUGUAAAGUUAUGCAUCGAGCAUGUUGAGGAACACGGUUUGGAUAUUGAUGGGAUAUACAGAGUAAGUGGAAAUCUUGCAGUGAUACAGAAACUAAGAUUUGCAGUUAAUCAUGAUGAGAAAUUGGAUUUGAAUGAUAGUAAAUGGGAAGAUAUCCAUGUCAUCACUGGAGCACUCAAAAUGUUUUUUAGAGAGUUACCGGAGCCUCUUUUUACAUUUAACCAUUUUAAUGAUUUUGUUAAUGCAAUUAAACAAGAACCAAGACAGCGAGUUGGUGCUGUCAGAGAUUUAAUUAAACAGUUGCCAAAGCCAAAUCAAGACACCAUGCAGGUUCUUUUCAGACACCUCAAAAGAGUUGUAGAAAAUGGAGAAAAAAACCGAAUGACCUAUCAGAGUGUAGCAAUUGUUUUUGGUCCCACUCUGUUAAAGCCAGAGAAAGAGACUGGUAACAUAGCAGUUCAUACUGUAUACCAAAAUCAGAUUGUGGAAUUAAUUCUUCUGGAACUGAACUCCAUUUUCGGGCGCUGAGUCUUAUUGGAGACGGAACCAGGGAAGAAUUGGGAGUCAGAAUCCAUCAGAUUGCAAAUCUUUGUACACAAUGUAUUAUGUUUGUGGACCAAGCCAACAGCUCAAUGAUUUUGCACUUUUUUUGGAGGGCAGGGGGAAGGACGGCUGGGAGGAGGAGGGUCAGGGUGUGUUUAAGCCCCCAUGUUUGUUGCUGUUAUUGCAAGUUGACAUUUUUUAUUAUCUGAUUUUAUUUCAUUGACUAUUUUGGAGUUUUACGCUCUAAACUUGUGUUGAAAUUAAAAUUUGCAAUUCUAGCAUAGGCAUAUACACUGGAUUUCUUGGAGAGAAAGCUAAGAUUAAGGGUGAUCCCAGACUGAAUGGUCUGGAUUUGUUUUUCCUCAUUUUUAGGCUCAUCACUUGAUAGGAUAAUACCCACUAUUGGUUACUUUGAGAACUCUUUCAGGGCAUUUUGAGCAAAAUAAAAUGAAUCCGUUUUUGAAACCUAUGUAUUCCCUUUCCAGGAUUUCUGCAUGCAGUGGCCAGCUGUCAGUCUAAUGCCAGUGCUCACAGUGGUCAGUGUAGUUUACAAUUCCCCAGAUAUAAUCCUUUGAUUACGGCUUGCUGUCUUUUACUCUGCUGCACAGCAUCCAAACUGGAUGUCUUAGCUGCUUGAUAGAGCAGCGUGCUAAUAGUACUUCAGACACUGAACUCAUAAGGAUAUCCAUCAAAGGGUAUUUUCUGUGACAUACUGGAGUUUUUCUCUAUCAUAAGUCAGUUGUUCAAGGUAUUUCUUGGCCUACCUUGUGUGCUAUUCUGAAUUACCGCUAAUAAUCCUGAUUAAAUGCUGACUCUAUCUACUGCCAUACUGAGUUCUUGAUAGGACCCUGUGGUGGUGAACUCAUUUGAUUGUAAAUAUAGGCUAAAGACCUAAUGACCUUCAGCUUAUGUACAUAAUUGUGUUGUAUAGUUUCAAAGUACAUUCUAGUCAUACAUUUCUAAUCAUGGUUAUAUUAGCUAUAGGUAAUCCUUCCAGUGAAUAUUAGGUUUCCUCCAAGAAACAGGCUAUUAUUUGGGAAAGCUAACUGUGUGCACUUUUAGAUUAUAAUUACAUUUGCAGGCAAAUCACUGUAAUGCAAAUGGUACUGGAAAAAUACUGAAUAGGCUUGCUAAAUGGUUAAUGCACUACAUGAGGAGCCUUUUAGGUUAUUUAAUGUGUACAGAAUACAUUGAGAAAACGUAUUACAGAAUUCUAACUCUACAGUAUAGUAGUAGAAGCCCAUGUGUAAAUUGGCUGGUUGUUGAAUGGAAAAUGAGAUUGCUAACUUGGAGAAUUUCUUUUUACAUUACUAAUGUAGAUUGACUUGUAUGAUAAAACAGGUUUGGGAAGAUUUUGUGACAGGGAGCAUGGUCUGCUGGAGAUUUUUUUUAAAAAUGUAUUUUUCUAGACUAACUGCUAUAUAUGAGAUGUCUAAUCUGAAUAAAGAAAAUAUAAAAUAUUUAGAGAUUUUUUUCCAUCACAGAUUUGCAUGAAUUUUAUUUGUUGAACUUGCAAGCAUGCUUUAUACCUCAAUUUUCUGUUUUUAUAUCAGUUGAAACUGGUAUUUCCUGUGGUAAAUAUCACUGUUUCCCCCAUCUCAUACCCUUCCAUUUUUAAUGUCCUAAUAUUUUAAACUGUUCUGAUUUAUAAACAGAUAUGUUGUAUUAAUUUACAGGAUGGUUUGGGGGGAGGUGGAUUUUUUGCUGUUAUUCUUUCUAAAAACCUUCCACCUGAGUUAAAUAGUGAAAAUAAUGUAUUUGUCAUUAUGAACAUGUGGAAUUGGUUACAUAAGCCAGAUUAUUUCCUAACUGUCAUAUAACUGAUUGUUCCAAGGAAGAGGGAAGCGAGACAACUCUCAGCCUUCCUUAUUUGCAAAAGUUGUAUUUAAUGGCACAAGGAGUGUUAGGACUCCAUAGCAGUUUCAGAUUAGGAAAACAAUGUGAGACUUAAAGCAUUUUUUUUUCUCUGUAGCCAUAGAAAUACUAUGGAGAUCAAAAGGUACAAUUGUCCUGUGAUUCUUGUUUGUGUAUGUAUGUUUUGUCUUGGUGUUCAUUGUUCCACAGCUAAUCUGUUUUAUUGUAAUAUUGUAUGUACAAUGAAUGUCUUCUCUGUUUAAUCCUUUGUGAAUUAAAAAUUGCCAGUGUCACUUUCAUUGGUAAAGCACCAAACUAGUAAUAUAUGUGUUCUGACCAAGAGGGUUUCAUUUUGUAGUAGAAAACAUACUAAAAGCAAAAAUCUGUUAUCAGUAAA